AUGAGUAGGAAGAGGGUGAAUUUAGUGAUGAUGAUGAGGAGGAGGGAGAAGAAGGAGAAGGAGGAGGAGGUGGGUAAGAAGGAGCAGGAGAAAGAGGAGGUGGAAGAAGAGGAGCAUGAGGAGAAGAUGGAGGAAAAAGAGGAACUUCAAUAUGAACUGAAGGACGAGGAGAAGGAAGUAGAGGAGGUUGAUUCAAUCAAAUCGUCGUCUUCUUCUUCUGAGGAGGAGGAGAAGGAGGAGGAAAGGGAGGAGAUGGAGAAGGAUGCGUAG